GGUGCAAUUUCCAACAUCAACAACAACACCAACACCACCUAUGACUAGAAAACCACACUCUCUCAAAUGUCUUUCUUGUUAUGUGACUCAAUAACUUACUAACCCAAACACACACACACACAAACACACUGUGUAUUCAAUCAAAAACAUAUACAUAUGGGAAGAUCCACUAAUUCUUGUUUCAAGAUCAUUUCUUGUGGUGGCAGUAAUGAUUCUGUUGAUCUUGAUGCACCUUCUUCUGAGGGGAAAGGUCCGGAUAAACGAGGAUGGAGUUUUAGGAAAAGAUCGGCUAGGCAUCGAGUGUUGAGCAACACCGUUGUUACGGAACCAACUACUAUACAGAACAAAGAGAAAUCGGAACCAGUUACUUACAGUUCUGAACCACAACUUAAUUCUGCCAUAUCUGAAAAAACCCCUGAUAAUAUAUGGACAGAAGAGAUACCAAGUUUGGUUAUGAAGAGCACUACGGUGUCAACUAUGGUUAACGACUCGCCCAUUAAAGAUGAGAUUAAAUGUCUACCUGUUCCCGAUGAAUCUGAAAGUGAAUCUGAAUCGGCUAUCCUUGUGAUCCAGGCUGCUGUUAGACAAUUCUUGGCUAAGAGUCAACUGGAAAAACAUAAGAAUGCAGUCAAGUUGCAAGCUGCUGUAAGAGGACAUUUGGUUAGGAUUCAUGCCGUUGGAACUUUACGUUGUGUUCAAGCGAUUGUUAAAAUGCAAGCUCUUGUUCGUGCUCGUCAAGAAAAGGGAGUAGAAAAGGUGGGCAUUAAUUCACGUCCAACAUAUAUUUCCAUCGAGAAGUUACUUAGUAACAGACUUGCUCGCCAGUUACUGGAUUCUACUCCGAAGACCAAACCAAUCAAUAUCAAAUGUGAUCCUUCAAAAUCUGGUUCAGCUUGGAGUUGGUUGGAGAGGUGGAUGGCGGUUUCAUCGCCAGAAACUCUCGAGUCUCAUACACAAGAACAUGAUCAGAGAGAAGUUAUAAAAACUGAAAAUGAAGUUGAAAUAGCAAGCGCCUCUUGUGUUGUGGAAGCAGCAUUGCCAUCUGUAGAAAAACAGAAGUCCAUUGACAUGGAAGAAAAUUUCCAUCUAAAGAACCAUGAAGAGGAGCAGCCGAUACCAGAAUCAUUGGAGAAACCUGGUCCUGGGCUAGAUGAAUCUAUGGGUUUGGUUCCAGAAGCUCGUAUCGAGGUAAGCGCAAUUCCUGAGAAUGCUGUGUCAGUAACUGAACCCAAACCAAUUCUUGACAAUUCGGAAUCAGAAACUGAAGUUAAACCAGUUCCUGAACAUCAUGUAUCAGAGACCGAACCCAAACCAAUUAUCGAGAAUCAGGAAUUAGAAACCAAACCCAAACCAGUUAUCGAGGAUCAGGUAUUAGAAAUCGAACCCAAACCAACUAUCAAGAAUCAGGUAUUAGAAACUGAACCCAAGCGCCCAGGGAAAAGACUUGCCACUGAGCAAGCAGAUUCAGAUGGAAGGAAAUCUGUGUUUGGAUUGAGGAAAGCAAGUAAUCCAGCAUUUAUUGCUGCUCAGUCAAGGUUUGAGGAGUUGACUUCUAAGACCAGCCAGUUGAAGUCACCCAAUUCUUCUAAUCAAGAUAAUGAAGCAGAUUCAUCUGUAGAUAUCUGUUCUUCUGAACCAUCGAAACCAGCCGCUUCUUUUAGUCAAAAUGAUGAGGCAGGUUCGCCUACAGAUGUUGGUUCUUCUGACCAUUUGAAGUCUGUCAGUUCUUCUAAUCAGGAUAAUGACGUAAACCUGGUGGCAAAUGCUGAACCAGAUGAAUACUUGGUUCCCCAUAGUUCAAAGGCAUUUCAGAACGGUGGCUCAGAGUGUGGUACCGAGCUUUCCAUCACAUCUACGCUUGACUCACCAGAUCAGUCACCUCAAGUUGAAAACAAGAAAUUUGAGGAAGAAGCUAAAGGCUUAGAUGAAGCGGUCGGUUAUAUGAACAGUAAAGGUAAUCAGAACAUCGACAUUGUUAUGCCUGAAAAACACGACAGUGUUGAGGAUUUCAAGACUGAAAAACUAAAACUUGGCAGUAAUGUUGAACAAAAGAUCGACGACUGUGCUUCUGAUGCAGACAUUGAGCUGGAGCCCGUAUCUGGCCAUCAUGUUUACAAGUCUAACUCACACAUGGAGCACGAGCACGAGCCUAAGCAGCAUGAGGACGAGCCUAAGAAUCAGGAAAUGGUUUCACAAAUGUCCGUAGAAGGAUCUCCAAGAAGCCAUAUAACAUUCCCCGAAUCCCAAGGAACGCCAUCUAGCCAGGUUUCAACCAACACCAAGAAGUCUAGAUCUGAUAAAAAAGUAUCCAGUCAAAAACGCAAGUCGUGGUCCUCUAGUAAGAAGUCUAGUGUUGAUUCUGGUUUAAGAACUAGCUUGGAGAAGUUGCCUAAAGACCCAAAAUCUGGAAAACGAAGAAAUUCUUUUGGGUCGCCAAAACCUGAUCACAGUGAUCAGGAAGGUAGAGAUAGCAGUAAUAGUUCUCUCCCAAGUUACAUGCAGGCAACCGAAUCUGCAAAAUUAAAAGCUAUAGCCAAUAUCUCCCCACGGUCAAGUCCAGAUUUGCAAGAUAAGGAUCUAAAAAAGAGACACUCAUUACCUGGUGCAGUUAAUGGUAGACAUGAUUCGCCUCGUAUCCAGAGGUCCAUGUCUCAGGCACUACAGACCGCAAAGGGAAGUGGCAAUCAAGUUACAGAGAGGAAAUGGCAGAGGUAAAGUUGUAUGCCAGCCAGUUCAUCAGACACCCAAUUCAGAGAUGGCCUAAUAUGUAACAAAACUGGAGUUUGAAAGUUAGCAAUCGGCUUUCUGGUCCUCGUAUUAUGUGAUUUGAUGGCAUAAAAUCGAGAGAUCUACAAUUUACUAGUCCAUGGAGUGUGUGUUUAUGUGGUUAUUGGUUAUUAUUUUUUACAUAGAACUUCUUAACUUCAAUGGUCUGCUUGUGUAUUUGUUUUAAACAGCGUUUGUGCCAUUUAUUUGAGGUUUUUUCUGUAAUUUCUUUCAUAAUUGGUUUUAACUGAUAUGUAUAAUAUAUUGAGGUUUCAGAUAAAAACACUUGUUACUCCAUUUCGUUCGAA